GCCUAAAUGUUGGUUCAGAAUCCACAUAUUCAUUUUCUUCUCGACCUGACUGCCUUGGGGUUUCAAAGAAACCGCCCGCCUAGCUGCAAACCACCGUCGUGACUCCUCCGCCGACGCCAACGGCUUACUGGCUCGACCAACUUUCCUACUUUAGCAGCCCGUAAUAAUGACCACUCGAAUUGCUCCUGGAGUGGGAGCGAAUUUGCUAGGCCAACACUCGGCUGAGAGGAAUCAAGACGCCACAGCUUACGUCGGUAAUCUUGAUCCUCAGGUGACUGAGGAAUUGCUAUGGGAGUUAUUUGUUCAAGCAGGCCCUGUUGUUAACGUGUAUGUUCCAAAGGAUAGAGUAACAAAUCUUCAUCAAGGAUAUGGAUUCGUCGAAUUCCGGAGUGAAGAAGAUGCUGACUAUGCAAUUAAAGUUUUGAAUAUGAUUAAGCUUUACGGGAAGCCAAUACGUGUAAAUAAGGCAUCUCAAGAUAAGAAGAGCUUGGAUGUUGGAGCAAACCUCUUCAUUGGAAACCUUGACCCUGAUGUUGAUGAGAAACUUCUGCAUGAUACUUUCAGUGCUUUCGGAGUUAUAGUUACAAAUCCCAAGAUAAUGAGAGAUCCUGAUACUGGAAAUUCACGUGGAUUUGGUUUCAUCAGCUAUGAUUCUUUUGAGGCAUCUGAUGCAGCAAUUGAGGCAAUGAAUGGUCAAUAUCUUUGCAACCGGCAGAUAACAGUUUCAUAUGCAUAUAAGAAAGACACUAAGGGCGAGCGCCAUGGCACCCCAGCAGAAAGAGUUUUGGCUGCAAGCAAUCCAAGUUCCCAAAAGAGCAGGCCUCACACUUUGUUUGCCAGUGGACCUCCAACUCUUCCAAGCAUGCCCCAGGCCAAUGGUACAGUUGGUGCACCUGUUCCUCCACGCCCAUUUGCAAAUGGUGCUGUUGCUCCAGCUCCAAUUCCAGCACUCCGUCCACCACCCCCACCAAAUGCAGCCUUCCCACCAAUGCAGGUAGCUGGACAACCGGCUUGGCAGGGUCAGCCCCCACAGCCAGGUCAAACAAUGGCGCCGCUCGCUAUCCCUCCACCUCCAAUGCAAUUCAGGCCACCACCUCCAAACAUGCCGCCUCCCCAGGCAGGUCAACUCCUCCAAAGGCCUCCACAACAAAUGGGAAUGGGAAUGCAACCACAAAUGUGGCGGCAGCCACCACCUCCACAGCAGUUAGUUGGUGGUGCUCCAAUGCAACAAAUGAUGAUGCAUCCACCUCCCCCACACAAUAUACCGCCUCCACCACCUCCAUCGAGUUGAAGAGGAGAGCAGUUAUCUUAGAUGUUUCUUGCAUAUGUUGCUUCAAUUAGGACAAUCUGUAUGCCAGAAUUAUCAUUAAAUGAGCUGAUGUGAUAGGAUGGAUGUUUGGUUUUUCAUGGAACUUUGCAUGCUUCAUUUAAGGCGGGUAAUUUUUAGAUGUUGCAGAAGAGAUCAAA